UGCGCCCGCCGCACCCCGCCCGACAACUCGGUGGUGGCCACUGCGCAGACCAGACUUCGUUCGUACUCGCGUGCCUCGCUCCGCUUUUCCUCCGCAACCAUGUCUGACAAACCCGAUAUGGCUGAGAUCGAGAAAUUCGAUAAGUCGAAACUGAAGAAGACAGAGACGCAAGAGAAAAAUCCACUGCCUUCCAAAGAAACGAUUGAACAGGAGAAGCAAGCAGGCGAAUCGUAAUGAGGCGUGCGCCGCCAAUAUGCACUGUACAUUCCACAAGCAUUGCCUUCUUAUUUUACUUCUUUUAGCUGUUUAACUUUGUAAGAUGCAAAGAGGUUGGAUCAAGUUUAAAUGACUGUGCUGCCCCUUUCACAUCAAAGAACUACUGACAACGAAGGCCGCGCCUGCCUUUCCCAUCUGUCUAUCUGGCUGGCAGGGAAGGAAAGAACUUGCAUGUUGGUGAAGGAAGAAGUGGGGUGGAAGAAGUGGGGUGGGACGACAGUGAAAUCUAGAGUAAAACCAAGCUGGCCCAAGGUGUCCUGCAGGCUGUAAUGCAGUUUAAUCAGAGUGCCAUUUUUUUUUUGUUCAAAUGAUUUUAAUUAUUGGAAUGCACAAUUUUUUUAAUAUGCAAAUAAAAAGUUUAAAAACUUA